AGGGAGGAGUAGGAGGUGCGCGCGCGCAUCCCGCGGCCGGCGGCGGGCGCGGGUCACUUCGCGCAGUGAUCGCUCGGACGCCGACCGCGCCGCACGCCACGUCGACCCAUGCUCGCACGCUCGAAGCCGCUCCACGCGAAAAAACACAAUAAAACCAAUCGACCCCGAGUGACCCCAAAAGUGCAUACCGAGCGGCCGACACGAACGAAACGACUUCGCGAAUAUACUGAAUUAAAACAACUAACACUAACGCUUCGCAAUAACACGUGAGCUUUAAUAACUGUUAAUAUAAGUUAUAAUUAACAUAAAGGUGGAAAUUGAACUGUGCACUGGAAGAUACUCUAGUUUUGAGCGAUUGUUUCAAAUUUAAAUGAUAACGGGCGAGCUGUCCUAGCGGCCGGCGGCUGUGUUACAGAAUGUCUGAAGGCGACGUGUCGUUGAUCCGCGACGAGGAUUUACUGCGCCGCAUGUGGCAGCAGACGGAAGAUUUCUCCCGUAAGAAAGAGAUCCGCGCGCACAUGUACCGGCUGCGGGAGGAGCGCCUGCGCAACCUCUACUCACCCGAACCCACCAGGGAUGGGAAAGGUAGUGAGUUCAGUGCUGCGCAAGGCCACGUCAAGUCCUUCGCGGACCAGAGCUUCCAGUCCAUGAAGAGCAAGGAGGUCCGCGACGCUGGCUCCGGGUUACAAACAAACUUCUGGUUCCGUAAUUACUAAAAAUGAUGCUGUAUCCACGAGGGAUACCCAAGAGACAAUUGUUUCAGAGACGACUAAGACAAAAUUUUCGUCUUCGCGCUCACCAACACGAAAGACUUCCAAACCUGCAGAUGACUCUCCAUCAACAACGAUUGGGGCAGAUCAAAGCCCUGAACACAAGCCUUCAAAUUCACGAGAGCCACUUUCUCCAUCUCCAUCCAAAAUUACGCUUGGAAAAGAUACUGAUAAUACUUCACCACCCGUUAAGUUACCUGGUUACAUGAAAACUACUUCAGCGGUGUCUUCAAAGACUGAAGAGGUCAAUAUUGAAGAAGUCUCUAAGAUUACAAGAUCUCAUCAAACUCCACGGCUUUCGGAAUCGCCAACACGCCAACCUCCUAUUCUAGCCAACAAGCCAGAACCUAUUUUUAAGGCUCCUGCAACAAAAUCCCGAGAUGAACCUUCAGAGAUUAGUCCCAAUGAACAACCUGAAAAUAAGUAUCCUAGGGAAGAGUCACCUUCUCGACGACUACCAAGUGCUGAGAAAAUGCCGGGUUACAUGAAAACUACGACAUCUCAAGUUUAUAAACAAGACGUAAGUUCUAAAACGGAAGAUAUCUCAAACAUACAUAUUUCCAAGAUUGUAGAUCAAAAGCAUUCAUUACCUCGUCCUAAUGAGAUAAGUCCAAACAAGCCUUUAACUCCGGGUGAUGGGUCUGAUUCCGAUUUUACUCGCGUUUCAUCUCCAACAAAACCCAGCCCAUCCAGACAAAGUGUUAGUCCGGAUCGCAAACCAUCACCUAAGCCUUCUGAAUCUACUAAGAAACCAGAAUCUGAAAAGCCGAGAAAAACUACUCCUAAUAGACAGACCACAUUGGAUACUCCUGAAUAUUUGAGAACUGUUACUACUCAACAUGAUAUCGAAGUGUGUGAUGACCGAAUUUCUUCUACUAAAACUGUACAAAGUAAAUAUUCAUCUUCGCGAGUUUCAAAUUCACCUUCUCGCGACACCCAGAUUGAUACUCCGAAAAAACCUCACUUAGACAGAAGCCCUAACCGCACAACAAAGAACGUCGAAACAUCUCCAAGAAGCAGUCCUGACCGACAAGUGCUUGAUAGAGGAACGUCUCCAACAAGGAAAAUCUCGGAUCAUAAAAUAAAUACUUCAGUAAGCGUCAAUACAUCGGAAGAUGUUCAGAGCACAACGACGAUCAAAACUAUUGAUAAACGCCAGUCUAUUUCGCGGCAAACAGAUAGCUCGCCGACAAGAAAUACUCCUAAACCGUCAAAUAACUUUGAUUCUGCUCUAGGACGCCCUAAAACAUCUCCUGUUACAUCUCAAACAGAUAAAAACCUUACACCAAAAGAAACUUCAAAUAGGCGAAGCUCUAGUCCAGAAAAACAACCUAAUUAUAUGAGACCAACUGCAUCAGUAACCACUAAAUUUGAUAGUGCUACUACAACAAUCAACAAGGACACAGAAGUUACUAAUGUAGAAUAUAGAUCACCUGUCUCCCCAUCUCGUCCGCUAACCAACGAAGCAACAAAAGUGAAACCUGGAUACCCGCAAGAACCAGAACAACGUCGGAAGCUCAGAUCUCCUUCUCCAAUCAAGAAAACUGCUACAAAAGUUACUGAAAUCAGCACAGAUUUUCUAAUGUCAGAAAGAGAACAAGAGAUUUUGGAUAGAGUGCAAAAAUCACUUAGGAAGCUGUCUCCAGAACGCAAUGAAAGAUCACCAAGUCGUGAAAGAUCACCUGCCAAAACCACAACUAGUCUGCAAGACAUUGACAUUACAACUAGUGUACAGAAUAGUGAAAGUAUUACUGAAGAUUUCAAAGAAAUUACGGAAACUACCAAAGUAGACAAUUCCCAUAUUGUUAAACCUAAAUAUGAAAAACCCAAUGAUCAGAAAUCACCAACAAAACCGCCUUCUAGAAAUGUUUCGCCAAUAAAAAAGCCGUCCGGAAUUGCUACUCCUACUAAAGCAGACAAAAGUCCAGACAGUCCUUCAAAAACUAGAAGUAUUUCCCCAAAAAAAAUAGUUUCACCGACUGAGAGACCCCAAUCUCCUCAAGUUACACGGCCGAGUGGUAUUAAACCUAAAGAACAAAUUCCGUCUCAUUUGACUCGCAAACCGACACCAGCAACGCUCAACGUGACGAAACUUGAUCGAACAGUAACCGAUGUAAAGAAAAAUACUACGACAUCGGUUACGAAGCAGAACAGUUUUACAAAAUCUACAACAGCAAAAUCCACGAAGACUAUCCCUUCGCCAACAGGAAGACAAUAUGAGCCAGAAACAAAGCGAGCACCAACACCCAAAGGAGUACGAGAAAGCAGUCUUCCAAGGAAGGAUGCUGAUAGCAGAGUAACACGUACGACUAGCGAUAUCACUAUAAAAUCCAAAAAGUCUUCACCUCAAAGAAUGAAAUCAAAACCAGAGAUUCAAGUAAGUGAUAUGUCAUCCAUUAAAACAACAAAAAUUAGUAAAUCAACUCUAAAAGAACCUCAUUCUAAAUUACCAAGUAAGCCCAAGUCUGCUACGACAUUGAAUACUUCCACCGAUGAAGAUGAUAUCAUCAUUGACGUCCAGCAAUCUAAGUCAUCGAGGGAAAAUUCGCCGGAUCGUAUUUGUCCAACGCCGGUCAAUAUCGGCGAAGAUAUCGGCACUCCCCGCUACCCUGAUGAGGUGAGUGAACCAGACGAUGAAUUCCGAAGACGAACACACUUAACAAUUCAUGAAACUGAAUCGUUAGUGGAUGAUAUUGUAGAAAUCUGUGAGGAUGAUGAACUUUUUGUAAGGAAAACUGACGUCGAUAUUGUCACAGAAGACGAUGAAAGUCUUCUCAGUGUUACUGAUAAAGUGUCUAGAUUUACAAAGGGUGUCGAUUCUGUGAUUAAACCUAAAGACACUACUUCAGCGUUCAAAGACACGGAAAGACGAGUUCAUUCUGAUUUCAUUGAUGAAAAAUUAAAAUCCGACGAGUGUCUACUGUCAGUGUCUGAAAAGGUCAACAAGUUUGCUAGAGGACCAAGUGAUAUGAGAGAUAGCAAGAGUCCUGCGCGUAGAGUUGUUGACGAGUAUGAUAAAAAUACUGUUUAUCAAGAUGACUACACGAAACUCAGCGUUCACGAUAAGGCUCACUUGUUUGUAGAGACUGCGGAAAAUGUAAAGGCACCAAAAGUAAAACCAACGCCGCAGAAGGUUGAACGUCCAGACUUGAGUAACGUUGAUGACUCAUUGAAGAGUGACGAUUGUUUGCUAAGCGUGUCUGAUAAAGUCCACAAGUUUGUUAAAACAGCUGAACAAUUUUUAACAGAAACCCAAGAGGUUGAGGAAAAAGAAAAGAAAAUUAAAGAGCAACAUGAGAAGAUUAUGAGACAAAUAGUUGAUGACGAUGAGGAGGAUGUUUAUGAGACUACUAAAGAUGACGUAUUGAUUAAAAACAGAAAAACCCCAGAGCGUCGUGAUGACAAACCAGUUUUUACUAAGGAGACUUCAUCAUCUCUUUCGAAGGUUAAAGAAUACGGUACCCCCUACACCAAGACCACAGAAAGGACUCCAUCUGUCAAAAUUACUACUCUCCGUAGCAGUGAAGCCGUAAAGAAAGCAAAAGCUCUUUUCGAAAACAUUGCCACGACACAAAAAACUAAAGAGACAACGCACUCUAAGACUACAAAAUUAACGGACAUCGGUGUUAUUAAGAAAUCACCUAAAACAGAUUCGACUACAGUUUUACAUCCCUCCGUUGGAGAGUGCUCUCCCAAUAUAACUGAAGUUGAUAGUGAAGUGGAUGCCGGUCAUCACACCACGAAAGAUCGUCCUCAUAGUGGAACUCUGAUACGUCCACAAUACUCGGACGAAAAACCACGCAGCAGUCCUUCUCGGUUAGCUGUCCAAUCACCUGAAGUGCCAAGGUCAAAAUCUCCAAUGCGUCACUCUACGGAGACUUCCACAACCACCACUAGAACUGUGGUAUCGAGACAGCCAGCCACUCAGAGAGCUGAGUCACCCAGGCAACGAGUAGAUGGUGAUAAGGCUGAUAAAGUACCCGGAUAUCUCCGCCCCACUAAAACCAGUCAAAACAAGGAAGAAACUAAAAUGGUAGAGGAAACAGAAGUGAGCAGCCGACGAGGAAGUGGCAAGUUUGGAGUGGAACUGAGACGGACUAGUGUCGAAAGAUCGACUUCUAGCAGCGAGCGCCGGCGCAGCGUCGAACAUCCCUGCAUUGAAGACAUCUUCGACCUGGACCUCCUGGAACAAAUGUUGGAAAAGGUCGUUGGGUACGAGCAGAGACGACGCAUCAGAGCUCAAAUACGUAUAGCUAGGAAAAAACUUGAAACUGAUAACAUGGAAUCCAAUACUUAUACAAGAACCACGAAACAAACUGUGAUUACCCAAAAAUAUCAAUCGCCGGAGCGCCCUCAGACAAGUUCCCCCGAUCGGGCAGUAAAACAAACAACACUUCACAAAGCUUCAUCUCCUGACCGCCACGCUAAAACUCCUCAAAGAAGUAUUCCGGAACGCAUAAGUCACAGGGAUAACGCUCAGCCUGUGCUAAACGGGCAUGCCAAGGAUUCAGUUAAGACGGUAAAUGAUAAGCGCCAGAGACCGCAUAGUCCUGAAAAAUCUGCUUCAAAACCAGUUCACAAAAAUAAAAGUCCUGUUCGUCAGGCUAGCCCCGACAAGAGGACUAGAACUCAAUCGCCAAGCAAAACUGCGGUUCCAAAAACUAAACAAAACCGUUUUAAUGAGUAUGCUUCUGCAUACAUGAAAAAAGUUGGUUUGAGUGAAGCAGACAAAAUCAAAUUUGCCGAAGCCAGAACAAAGAAAGCCGCAGAAGAGAAACAAAGGACAAUAAAACAGGUAGAAGAACACAAAAUUGUUGAGGAAUAUUCUACAGCUAAGAGUUAUACUGAAAGAUCAACAUCAAAAGAUGUCAUUGACGUUGUUCAAACUAACGGCUCAAAUAAGAGGUCUCCUUCACCACAAAAGAGAUUAAGUCCUGAACGAAAGGCAAAAAGCCCCGAUCGAAAGGCUCAAAGCCCAGAGCGAGUUUAUGAGCGUACUCCUAGUCCGGCGCAGAAGCAUCCGAGACACGAGUCUACUAAAAAAGAAACCAUUAUCAAAACUGUGUAUGACAUCGAGAAGAAGAUUCCUCAGAAGCCUGCUCAAGAAGAGAAGCCUUCAUGGAUCACAAACAGGAACCUCAAGAAGAUAAGUUCAGAAACCAGAACGUUCAGCAGUAAGAAGAUUGAGGAGAAGCCCAAGUACCGCGCCCCCAGCCCGUCGAAGGUGAUCACGAAGCCCAUCGAUGUGAUCACGUCGAGCUACGGGCCCGGCCCGCUGGAUGCCGACGGCAAGCCUCUAUUCGGCAUCAGGGCCCUGAGAAACGGUGCCUCCAACUACCAAGUGAAGGGCACAGUGAUCCGCUCGGAGUACCACUCGCGUAACGGCGGCGAGCCCGAGGGCUCGGUGUCGGUGACGGCGUACUCCACGGAGCCGGAGGACCUGGAGCGGCUGCUGCAGGGCCAGGGCGAGCCUCCCUCGCGCAUCCACGGCCUCGCCGCCAUCACCACCACCAAGAAGUUCGGCGGCGACACCGGAACCACACUCAAAGAAGUUCAUGGGCGAGAGGACCGCGCUGCCAUCGACCAGUUCACUCACAGCGACCGCCGCGUCUCCGACGCUAAGGUGGAGGAAAUCUGCGAGACCUUCGACAGGAGAGAGGAGUUAGUAGGAGAGACCAGGAGGGUUGACAGGAGAGAGGAGGCAAUAGGCGAGACCAGACGCAUCGAUAGCAGACGGGAAGAGACCCUGGACUCUCGAGACCGCAGGGACGGAACGGAGAGGACCAUGCACAGGCGAGUGGAGAAGGUAGAAAAGAAGGGAGACAGGACGCUGGAGAGGAAGGAGAGGGUGGAGAGGACGGACGACAAGAAAACCGUCAGACAGAGCUCCGUCAAGUCACUCACCGAGAAAUAUAUCAAGAGCGCAAAUGAGAGCUCGAAGUCGGAGCGCGCGGCGUACCCCAAGGCGGGGCUGAUCCUGCGCACCGCCACCAUGAAGGACAGCGUCUCCAGCGACUCCUCCGCGCACGCCGGUCUGGCCCGCACGGACAGCGAGCACAGCCUGGCCUCCGUGGAAGACACGGUGGUGACGACGGAGCGCGUGGACGGCGGCGUGAGGACCGUCACCACCACGCGCUCCCAUCACCACACCGGCGGCACGCACCACCAGACCCGUGGGGAGAAGUCCUUCCUCGACAGCAGCACCAAGGUCACCGGCGUUCAGGACAUCCUCACCAGGAUGAAGAACGCUGACAUCGUGAUCCAGGAGGGCGACACCAGCGAGGACACGGAGGCGCGCGCGCUGCUCAACAAGUUCCUGGGUGCCACCGUGCUCAUGGCUGGUAUGCAGGGCUACGUGCAGGAGAAGCCCUCCGGCAAGCUCGUCGUCAAGCAGGAGACAGUCCGCACGAGCAGCAGCAGCGGCGGCAAGGUCACCAGCUCGCAGACGAGGAGCAUCGAGGAGUUCGACGUCGACCAGUGCUGGGACGAGCGCCUGCUGAGGAAACUCUUGGACGAGUGCAACGACUACGAGCAACGUCGACGACUGCGCGCGCGCAUCCGAUCACUGAUGGCUGAACAGGAAGCAUGCGCGAGUGCGGUGACGGAGGCGCUGGCGGCGGCGGGCGAGGCGGACGGCGCGGAGGGCGACGCGCGCGAGGAAGAGGAAGUAACUGUGACUUCGAGCGUUAGGAGGAACUCGUCAGAAAAAACUGUUAGCAGUAGCACCACCACCACUAAAACUUCAAAAGUGAUAGAGAGUAUGACGAGGCCGGCGCCCAAGCCCGUGUCGCCGUUCGCCAAGUUCCGGCAGCUCGAGAAACAAAACUCAACCAACAGUCCCAACUCGCCCAAGACCCCGCAGAGCCCGGGCUCUCCGGCGCAGCCUUACUUCAAGUUCACGGACCCCGCGCUGCAAGCCAGCGCCGUCACUAUUAAAGAACGAUUGCUGCAGUGGUGUCGCGACAAGACCCGGGACUACGAGAAUGUGAAGCUGGAGAACUUCUCGACGAGCUGGGCGGACGGGCUGGCGUUCUGCGCGCUGCUGCACCACUUCCUGCCCGAAGCCUUCGACUACUCCGCGCUGUCGCCCGAUAAGCGCCGACACAACUUCACGCUCGCCUUCAAAAUUGCCGAUGAGAAGGCGGGCAUCUACCCCCUACUGGACGUGGACGACAUGGUGACGAUGCGCAAGCCGGACUGGAAGUGCGUGUUCACGUACGUGCAGUCCAUCUACCGCCGGUUCAAGGACCAGGACUGACGGUCACCACGUCGCCCCGCAACGGAACGCUAGCACCACGGACGGUCGCCACUAACUAUGUAGCCUCGAAGGAUAAUUGAUUAGACUAGUCUAAGAAGGCGAUUAUUUUGAGAGGGCUCCAGUGGUAGUCGUCAGAUUGUCCAUAUCCAAAUUGCCGGUCCGCCCUGUUCCGGUGCCGUGCGUGGUGUGCCCCGGGGGAGGCCCAGCGCCGAGUAGCUGAACGCUGUAGUCACAAAUAGUACGUUACGAAGUGUGUUAGAAAUCCAAAGAGCGUAUGUUGUUGAUUUGUUCGUUUGUUAUAAAUGUUUAUAUGUCAGUGUCCGCCCAACUCGUAUCUCCAAGCGCUGUCUCGAUACAGUCCUCCUAUUUAUUAUAAUCUCAAGAUGUGAUUUUUUCUACAUUAGCUUGUAAGUAUACUAACACACAUUAAUGAUAUCGAGCGACCCGUGUGCGCCGGGCGCCGCGGCGGUCGCUCGCACUAGCUCCGCACAGGGGAGUCGCACCGCCCGCGCCGGCGCUCGCUGCUACACGAAUACAUUUAACAUAUUCUUAUAUCAAUUUGACAUUAUUAAUAACAGCGGCUUGAUGUAUCGCCUACUGAUUUAUGAAAUUUGAUAUUAUUAUGAUUAUUAUGUUAAUUUAUAUUGAUAAUGAAAUAAAUAUUGAUUAACAAAA